AUGCCGCCCCUACCCCGAGCGAAUAAUGAGCUAGAAUCGGAUCUCGAGGAGGAGGACGCGGAGGUGCUGGAGGGCCAACUGGAAGACACUAUACUGGGCGCGUCUGCCUUUAAUGUAGGUCACCAUGCAGAAGGCCCCGCUGGAAUGGUCGUCGAGGAUUGGGUCCCUAUCACAAUGGUCGCAGACGACGGCGUAGACCAAGACACCAUCACGCACAGCAUCCCUCCGGAGGAUAUCGACACGACGGAGAUGGCGCUGCUGUACGACCGACUACCAACGUCCACGCUGAAGAUGUCGACCCUGGAGCGUAUGCACAAGGAUGGAGACCAAGGUCGCGCCCUCGCCCUGCUCAGCAAAAAGAACCGACUUCACAUCGACUCCAAGUACAUGUUCGACGUCAUGGAUCCGAAUCUGUUCUUCAAGAUGAGCCAGGUAUACAUGGAUCAUCGCUUGCUCAUUGGCCGUGAACUGGGCUUCGAUCUCAUCCUACCCAACAUGAACGUCCAUAAACAGGCGCAAAAAAAGUCUCCGCUAGGGUUAGCCCUAGCCAUUAGACGCCAUGGCUAG